AAAAUAUAAGAUAGUUGACCCGAGUUUUAACAGUUGAUACCGGAAUUUAAAAUCCUCACUUUUACAUAUUGAGUCGAGAUGGGUAGAAGACCAGCUAGAUGUUAUCGUUAUUGUAAAAAUAAACCUUAUCCAAAAUCAAGGUUUUGCAGAGGUGUGCCAGACUCUAAAAUAAGGAUAUACGAUAUGGGCAAAAAAAGAGCAUCAGUUAUGGAGUUUCCAUUAUGUAUUCACAUGGUUUCAGAUGAAUAUGAACAGUUAUCAUCUGAAGCCUUAGAAGCAGCUCGUAUAUCUGCAAAUAAAUAUCUGGUAAAACAUUGUGGGAAAGAUGCCUUCCAUUUAAGAGUGCGUGUUCAUCCAUAUCAUGUAAUUCGUAUCAAUAAAAUGUUGUCAUGUGCAGGAGCUGAUAGGCUGCAAACUGGAAUGAGGGGAGCUUUUGGUAAACCACUAGGCACAGUUGCAAGAGUGAAUAUUGGUCAAAUUAUUAUGUCUGUUAGAAUAAAAGAUCAACAUAAAACCCAAUCUAUUGAGGCUUUGAGGAGAGCUAAAUUUAAGUUCCCUGGCAGGCAGAAGGUAAUGGUGUCAAAUAAGUGGGGUUUCACUCGUUUUACAAAAGAACAAUUUCAGUCCCUUAUGAAGCAAGGUAGACUCAGGAAUGAUGGAAUUACUGCUCUCUAUAUGCCAGAACAUGGACCUCUUAAAAAUUGGAAAGAUUUUUCAACCACUUUUAUAUCAACUGCAUGAUUUAAAAAAUUUCAGGCAUUAAUUAUUGAUUAUUAACGAUGUUUAAUAUUUUAAUUAUAUGAAAAAUAAAAUUAUCAUAUAAUAUGA